UCAUGUCUAUUGUGUUGUAACUAGAAGAAUUCUGGCAAGAGAGCGCAUUGAGUUGUGGUCAACAGAGAGAAAGUAGGAGAGAAAAAAAAAGCCUCACCGACUUCGGCGAAAUGGAUCUGCCGCCGGCACCGAUCCGGUGGCGCGCAACCGCAAUCCCAUUCUUUGUGGCGGUUCUCUUUGUAUCCACCAUCUCCCCUUCGCGCGCAAUCUACUGCGACGAAGAUGAUUGCUACGAUCUACUUGGGGUUUCUCAAAGUGCCAAUGCUUCCGAAAUUAAAAAAGCUUACUACAAGCUCUCCUUGAAGUAUCACCCAGAUAAAAACCCUGAUCCGGAAUCGCGAAAGCUGUUUGUAAAAGUCGCCAAUGCUUAUGAGAUUUUGAAGGAUGAGGCCACGCGAGAACAAUAUGAUUAUGCAAUUGCACAUCCGGAGGAGGUGUUUUAUAAUACUGCACGCUACUAUCGGGCUUACUAUGGUCACAAGACGGAUCCCCGUGCUGUGUUGGUUGGCCUUCUUCUUAUUCUUUCAGGUUUUCAAUAUCUAAAUCAAUCAACAAGGUAUAAUCAGGCUGUAGCUAUGGUCAAGAAGACACCUGCAUAUAAAAAUAAACUAAGGGCAUUGGAACUUGAACGCAGUGGAGGGGUUACAAACAAGAAGAAGAGUCAGAAGAAUAUGGACAAGAAAACAGAGGAAGACCUUAGUAAAGAACUCGAUCUGCAGAUAACCGGAGCUGAAAUGGCCUCUGUAUGGAAACUUCUUGGCGUCCGCUUUGUUCUAUUACCAUAUACCUUAGGCAAGCUGCUGUUGUGGACUGCCUGUUGGUUUUGGAGAUACAAAGUGAAAAAGUACCCUUAUUCUUGGGAAGAUGCUUCUUAUCUGACACAAAGAUCCCUCAGUAUUCCUCUCGAUAGGUGGAGAAAUAUAGAUGAAGCAACAAAGGAAGAUCUUGUGCUCAGACGCUUGUGGGAGAAAUCGAAUCUGGAGAGCUAUGUAGCAGAGAUGCGGAAAGAAUCGAAGCGCAGAAGAUAGUUGCAUUAGUCGCCUCUGCUGCUUUUAAAGUACUAAAUUUUGUUGCAAAUUGAUUUUCGGGGUGGCCGUGAUAGAAGCAGAAUCAUUCGUGUCAACCACAAAAUCGUAGAAUCAUAUACAAAGUUUAUUUAGUUUACACAUGCUAUUGUUGCUCUCUAACAGCCUGUAAACAAUGAACACCAAAGAAUACUGCUUUAGAUAUUGCUUUUAUUCUUUCAAUGAAUCGGGUACCUGAGCCUCAAUCUUGCUACAAUCGCAUGUUUGGUAGUAAUUUUGAGUGCCUCUCUAGUUCAAUAAUUUUAAGGAUAAAGAUGUAUGGAUACCCUAAUGUUAUUUGACACCUUGAGAGAGAUAGAAGAGAAAUAUAGGUAUGAUAAGUGAUGACUUGAAUGCAGAUGUACUUGAAAUAUAUAUCCUUCGACUUUUCGUGUA